CCAGCAUUUGGGUUCAGCUACAUACAAUUCUUUUCUGCUGCAAUGCAUGGCCGACAUGGAUAACCGGUUGACCAAGCUUAGAGGACAAUCGGCAAGUGGUUAAAAUGGCUCAGGGCUCUGCAACGGUCGUGCAGAUGGAAAGAGGCAGUAGGGGACUGAAAUAGAGGACAAAAAGCUGUCCUGCAGCAACAUUCCGCCACAUCUGUCCAUGCACCGUGACCAAAGCCCUGACAAUACAACUAGGUACCGCCUGACACUGUCCAGACGGUCUGCCUUGUUGGACAAGACCUGUCAUUAAAUUACGAUCACCUCUUUUUUCUCUCGUGUGUCUUAGAUCAAACCUACUAGAAAAAGCCGACAUCCCACCUACCUAGAUUCCAGAAAGCGACCACGCCUCGACUCUACAUUUUCGUCAUCAUCAUCAUCAUGGCUUGGGGAAAGAAAAAGGCGCCUCCUCCGCCGCCACCAUCAGCAGCUAGGCAACUCAUCCCGUUGUUUAUCGUCCUGGCAGUACUGGGCGUAAUGGCCUGGGUUGGCUAUCAGAUUUACGUUUCUGUCAUGAAGAUCAAGGACCAGGCCGAAAAGCAGAUGGGCGACAAAAACAUGGUCUUCACCAAAGACGGUCUUCGCGUCAGUGUCAAAAAUGUCAAGGACGAGUCGUACCUGGAUGCGACACAGAGCUGGUUUGUCAAGGCAUGGGAUCUGAGCGGGAAUGCAGUUGAUACCUCGAAGCGCAAGAGAAACUUCCUCACAAAACAAAAGAGUCCCAAGAUCGGCAGUGACUAAACGGGGGUUUUCGUUUCCUUUGAGGCUUGGUUGGUUUGAUUAGAAACCAAAUGGAAAGAAAGCAUCUCAAUGACUUAUGACUAUUUCAUGAUGGACCAGGAUUACUUGUACACCAGGGUAUUCAAUUCAUACAAAACUCCAAAGACACAAGCUGUGGCUAUCCCCUCC